UCGAACAGUUAUUUUUCAGGAGAUAUAUAUAAGCCGUAUCAAGAAGGAUGCUCCAUUCCCUGCAAGACAGAUUUGCUUACCAACGAUGACGCCACUUCUGAUCUUCCUGUUGGCCGGAAACAUCUUCAUACAAUCAACGGGUUCCAUCAAGUGCUACACGUGCAACACACAGCUCGACAACGGCAACUGCAACAAACAGGUCGACUGCAACCAAGGUGCCAGAGCCUGCAAAACAGACGUGGUUGGUGUCGUCGGCCUUUUCAACGUCAUCACCAAAGAGUGCGCUUCGGAGUGCAACCCGUACUUCAAGGACUUCACGGUGGGCAAGAGGAACAUCUCCUGCUGUUACACCGAUCUUUGCAACGUCAGCGGGACCCACGCCUUCAGAAUGAACGGCGUCUACGUGGCGUUGGCCGUCCUCGCCAGCUUUGCUUGUGUCUUUCUCGGAAACAGGUUGUGAGGCGCGGGACGAGCAGGAUCCAGCCAAGCAGAAGAGGAAUAAAAAUCUAGAUUCUUUCCAGUUAAAGCUACAUUCAAAACCAUGUGUGGGAUUUCCCUGUGUAGGUCUCUUGCAGAGCAGUGAUGAGGGGUUACUGUGCUUGGAGAAAGGUGACAGAUUUUUGUGAACUGCUUAUUAGGUAGGAAUGACUUCUGUGCCAUUCACAUAUGUAAAGGACAGUG